AUCAAGCAGCAAAUCAAGAAAAUUUUGGGAAUUUCAUCACAUCGCUGGCGAUAAAAAGAACGCGUCUCGUUCAGCCAUGGAAAGGUAGCGCAAUUCCUUCGCCUUCGAUUACUGCCCUUGUGAGAGCCGCGUGGUCAAAAACGACCACCGUUUUGGUGCACCCGGCGAAUGUGUUUAUUUGAUAGGUUUGGGUUUUCUCCGCGUGGUGGUUGAUAAGAGAAGGUUCCUCGACGAUCAUGGAAGAUGAAGAUGAUCCCGUCGUGGAAGAGAUUCCGGUGCAUCUGUCGAAAACGCUAGCUGACAAUUUGUUUCUACUGCAAUAUCCCGUCAAAUCUUCCGCGACCAGCUUCGAUGACGUUCGGGUCGUGAAUUGUUGCGUCAAACCGAUAAAUCAACAGAUCAAGAUCGACUAUGAACUGGAUUCUGGCUCGACCAACUAUGACUCCUUCAAAGGGGAACAGUUUGCGCUUGCCGCGGACGGCAGGCACGGGCGGGACAAGUUGCCAAAGGUAACGUUCCGCAGUGGCACGAUGGACAAGCAGUCCUUUCUGAGCACGAAACCGAUCGAGGACGUCAGCCGGUAUCUGGUGUGUGUGCUGCAGGACGGUGAGAUGCAUGCGACCCCGCUCAAGGGCAUCGUGUCCAUGCGCCAGAUGUUUUCCUAUUUCGACAAGCAGGACAAUCGGACCAAAGCGGAGCAGAAAGCUGAGCAGGACGCGGACGGGGUCGCCGAGGAGGAGGAGCUAACGCAGGUGACGGUCAAGUUCGCCCGGACCGAGAACGAGAAGGUGCGGAAGGCACGUGAGAAAUCCUUCACCUACCUGGCAAAGAGGGAAUCGGAAGAGCCCUGGUGUGAAGCAUUCUGGCACGAGAAGCAGUCCUCUGCGGCGGAGUUGGAACGGCAAAAACUGUUCGGUGGAAGCGCUAGUGCCAGUGCCAGCGGGUCGUUCGGUCGUGUCGAUCCGGACAGUGCGGCCCUAAAUGUGCACCCCGUGGAGUACAUGGAUAUGCUUAUCAGUAAGGAGAAGACGGACCGCAACAUUGACCGGCUGCUGCCAAGUAGAGUGGUGUGUAUGCACAAGCUGAACGAGCUCCCGUUGCUGGAACAACUGAAAGUCAUUCUGACCGAUGCGAAGGUAGUUACGUUUCAGCAAAUCUUAAGGCUUAUUUCCGACCGAACCGUGCCGGCCGAAAAGGUUCUCCGGCUGCUGCCCCAGGUUGGAUGGCUGAUCCGAGGGAACUGGGUCGUGCAGUCCGAGUACAUCUAUCCGGAGGGGAGCGUGUCCGGUACGAACGGGGUGUCCGCCGAGCAGAUGUGCAAAGCGCGCGACUAUAUCCUGUACCGCUUUACGAAAUGUGAUAAACUUGAGCGGCACCAUCUGACCAGCAUCACCCAGCUGCCGAUGGAGGAGAUCCGCGAGAUCUUGUGCUCGAUCGCGAAGCUGAACGCGGCCACACGCACCUGGAGCAUGCUACUGCCACCAAACGAUAACUUUCUAAGCGUCGACGAGCAGGAGAUCAGUGACCGCCAGAGCGCUUUCUGGUUGGCCCGAUCGGAAAAGUUCAGCGAGAUGGAGCAGACCAGCUCGACGGCCGGAGGAGGCUCGACAACGAAGCGUGUGAGGAAACGGUCCACUCGCGAUAGUGGCGGAAGUGGCUUGACGGUACCUACCGCAACCGUUGCUGGAAGUGCUACCGCCACGACAACAGCUUCUUCCUCCUCGUCCUCCUCUACGCUUUCCCGGCAACUCUCGAACGGAUGA